GGCAGGCCAGAGUGGGGGACAGAGUGCGGACAUCCUGAAAGACAGACAGACAGACAGCGGCCACAGUGGGAAGAGCGUGGGGACAGGAGUGAGGGGCCGGGGACCCACAGACAGGCGGGGAGACCCACCCUGAGACCCGGGAGCUAGAACAAGGGCAAGACAGAGACAGGGAGGUGUGGAGAGAGGGGACCAGACAGGCAGGGAAGUCUCUGGGCUCGGACGCAGAGGGGCACGGAGGCAGACCCUUCAGAUUAGCUCCAGGCCUCGGCUCUGCUCAGGGGUGCAGUGGAGCUCAGUGGGCGUGCUGCUUUUGGGGAGCGCAGACCAGUGGUGCUUGCCCGAGGUCCAGCUGACACCAGGUCACCCUGAGAUGGAGCGCAGGGACCCCGAGAACCAGGAGGAUGGGGACCCGGAGGUGAGAAGCAGGAGACAAGGGAGGGAGAGACAGAGACAGAGAGAGAUGCAGGAGGUGGAGAGGGCCAGGGGGCAGACACAGAGAGACACACACAGAGAGAACCAGAAGAGACAGGGAAACAGAGAAACAUCAAAGACCCAGAAGAACGCAAACCCGAGGACACAGAGCGAGGCCAAGACCCCCGGGGGAAAUGAGGACACAGCCACGGCCCUCCAGAGGCUCGUGGAGCUGACGGCCACCAGGGUGACCCCAGUGAGGAAACUGCGUGUCCAGUAUCACCUCAUCCGAAAGCUUGGCUCUGGCUCCUACGGCCACGUGCUCCUUGCCCGGCCUCGCCAAGGGGCAGGUCCGGUUGUGGCUCUGAAGCUCCUACCUCGGGACUCGGUCCUGAGAACCACCUUCCUGAGAGAGUUCUGUGUGGGCCGCUGUGUCUCGUUACAUCCAGGCAUCAUCCAGACCCUGGCAGGACCCCUGGAGACCCCUCGACACUUCGCCUUCGCCCAGGAGUAUGCGCCCUGUGGGGAUCUCAGCGGGAUGCUGGAGGAACAGGGCCUCCCAGAGCUGCAGGUGAAGCGGGUGGUGGCCCAGGUAGCUGGAGCCCUGGACUUCCUCCAUGGCCGGGGGCUGGUCCAUGCGGACGUCAAGCCAGGAAACGUGCUGGUCUUCGACCCUGUCUGCAGCCGUGUGGCCCUGGGUGACCUGGGUCUGACCCGGCCUGAGGGCAGCCCAACCUCUGCCCCGCCAUGGCCACUGCCCUCCGCCCCACCCGAGCUCUGCCUCCUGCUGCCCCCUGAAACCCUGCCCCUGCGACCAGCAGUGGACUCCUGGGGGCUGGGGGUGCUUCUCUUCUGUGCGGCCAUUGCCUGUUUCCCUUGGGACGUGGCGCUAGCCCCUGACCCUGAGUUCGAGGCCUUUGCUGGCUGGAUGAUCAACAGGCCCCAGCCACUUCAACCACCGCCCCCUUGGGACCAGUUUGCGCCCCCGGCUCUGGCACUGCUCCAGGGGCUUCUGGACCUGGAUCACGAGACUAGGAGACCCCCACUGGCUGUCCUGGACUUCCUGGGGGAUGAUUGGGGGUUAAAGAACAAAGAGAGACCUGGGUGCUUGGGGAGUAUGUGCAGUGAAGUUGGGGAGGAGGAGGAAGAGGGGGGAGCAAGCCUGGAAGAGUGGUCAGAGGAGGAGGAGAAUGACGACAAAGAUGGUGGGAGGACGGGGACAGAUGGCGGAGAGCCCUGACCAGGUGACUGGGACGGGUGCCCAGAGCUAGGGCCAAAGGCCCCUCCCCCAGCCCCCAUGGCCACCUGGAUGGAAAGACAGCUGCUCCCGGGAGGACAGAGAGGGAACACAUUGCAUCUCUCCCAACCAAAGGCUGGACUCGGAUGCACAAUUCCCCUCCCGACUGAGGACCCGGGAGUCCGGAACCCCCGGUACCUCCUCCGUCAGACCCAGGAGCCCAGGGCCCCAGCCCCUCCUCCCUCAGACCCAGGGGUCUAGACCCCUCCUCCCUCAACCACCCUUCCUCUCCCUUCUGUCCUGAACGUGUCUUCUUGAAGGAAGGUGCUGUUUCCCCCGUAGAUGCAUUUCUGCACGGUGGGGACAUGUUGGGUGCUUAUGGACUUGUGAUUUGGUCACACCUCUCCUCUAAGGCCUUAGGUGACCCCGGUGGCCACGGCACCAAAUCUGGGCUUUCCAGAUCCAACACCAUGGAAACCUCGCCUUCCAUCCCUCCCACUUCCCUGGGCUCUGGGGGACAUUAAGGGAGGCACUCAUCCUUUCUGGACCUAAAUCAACACACAGACAGGCACCCACACACCCUCUCUUGCCUGCAGACGUUUGGAAACCCUGUGUUCUCCCCCGAGAAUGCCUUCUUCCCAACUCCAGGCCUCCAGAAAGUAGACCCCGCCCCGGGGGCCUCUCCGGCUCCUCCGAAACUUGUAGCCCAGCGAUCUGCGCCCCCACCUUUUCCAUCUCCCCUCGCAGGCUGCCCAGGACGGACUUGGCCUUGUUCACCUGUACGUCCUUUCGGGUUCUGCCCUCACACGGCGAGCCUCCUGCGCCAGUUCCCUGAGAGCGCGAGCACCGCGGCGUGUGCUGGUCCCGUCCACGCCGAGGGCCGCGGCUGGCUUGCUGGGAUCUUGUGUCCACCUGGGCCGGCCUGACGCCACCCCCAUCCCAGCACACAGACCCCUGACUUGUGAAGCUUCCCGCCUGCAGGGCAGGGGCUGCGUGGAUCCAAGGCCGCAUCCCCCGCCCCCAGCACGGUCAUGGGGACCUGCUUCUUUCUGGGGAAUCUGUCCUGCGUGCUUUCUAGAUUUAAAAACGUGAGUUCACUCCGUACAGCGGGGUGUCCUGGAUUGGACCCUGGGACAGGUAAAGGUUGUGGGUGGACACGAGAAGCGUCUAGCGUUUGACUGAUGGCUACUGUCUUCAUUUGGACAAACGCACCGACGGCUGGGUGAGGGAUUCACCUGGCAGGGAGCUGGGUGAGGAGACAUGGGAGCUCAAAGCCGCUGCCCUGUAUAUCGAAAAAUGAU